GGGGAAACUUCUCGGAUAUUCGCAGGAAGAGUCUAGACCCCAGAAUUUCAUUACGUUCAAUUUAGUUGAAUGUCGCUUAAUUUCAUGGGAAUUUAUCUAUAAAUAGACUGCAACCACCAGAUUUUAGGUAAGGAGAAUCAGAGAUUCCUAGUCGGUGUAGACGCCUAACCGGAUCUUGUCGGUUGUUGAAGUGUCCUCAUUCCCAAUUAGCCCUAGUAAACUAGAUUUCAAAAUUUCAGUCUGCAUCCCGAGUUAUUUUGCCAACACCAGUAGAGUUCUGUAGAAAAUGGCUCCUGAGGUUCCACCCGAGGUUUUUGGAGAAAAGGCUGUGACCCUGCGCGGUGGAUAUUCCAAACGCGCGUAUGUGACUUUUCUUGCAGGGACUGGAGAUUAUGUGAAAGGAGUGGUUGGGCUCAUGAAGGGCCUGCGCAAAGUUGGAAGCAUUUAUCCUUUGAUUGUGGCGGUUCUGCCAGAUGUCCCGGCUGAGCACAUGAGAAUUCUGAGUGAUCAGGGGUGUAUUGUGAGAGAGAUUGAUCCAAUUUAUCCUCCGGAGAAUCAAGUCCAGUUUGCCAUGCCUUAUUAUGUCAUCAAUUAUUCAAAGCUUCGGAUUUGGGAGUUUGAAGAAUACAGCAAGAUGAUCUACCUGGAUGCCGAUAUUCAAGUUUAUGAUAAUAUUGAUCAUCUUUUUGAUCUGACUGACGGCCAUUUCUAUGCAGUUAUGGACUGCUUCUGUGAAAAGACAUGGAGUCAGACUGAUCAGUUUAAGGUUGGCUAUUGCCAGCAGUGCCCUGAGAAAGUCCAGUGGCCUUGUGAAUUAGGACAGCCCCCUGCUCUGUAUUUUAAUGCCGGCAUGUUCGUAUUUGAGCCGAGUAAAUUGACCUACGACACCCUGCUUCACAACCUCAGAAUCACCCCUCCCACUCCUUUUGCCGAGCAGGAUUUCUUGAACAUGUUUUUCCAGAAGAUGUACAAGCCUAUUCCCCUGAUCUAUAACCUGGUCUUGGCUAUGUUAUGGCGUCAUCCAGAAAAUGUGGAGCUGGAUAAAGUAAAAGUCGUCCACUAUUGCGCAGCUGGAUCGAAGCCGUGGAGGUACACAGGGAAAGAGGAAAACAUGCAGAGGGAAGAUAUAAAGAUGCUGGUCAACAAGUGGUGGGAGGUUUACAACGAUCCAUCAUUGGACUUCAACAGCGCAGAUCUAAUUCGAAGUGCCCAAACUCUGUCUGGUUUACAACAAGUGACAGAGAAUUCCUUGUUAGCUGCCAUUGCCCCAGUGCCCCCUUCUCUAAGAUCUCUUCCGCCUGCUGCGUAAUUGCAUUUGAUAUAUAUAUCGAUUAUGCCUUGAUAUACAAGCGCCAAUUUAUACUCUGUAAACCGAACUUUAAGCUUAUUUUCAAGAAUUUGCAAAUAGAUCAAUCUUUACAUUUUGGCACUUUA